GGGUAAAAGAAUAUAUAAUUAAAAAAAGAUAAAUUUAUAUUAUUUUUAAAUAAAUUAUAUAAAUUUAUUGAAACAUAAUGUGAAUAAUUUUUUAAAAAUAAUUUUUAAGUUGAAAAAUAUACCUGACAAAUAAGUAUUUAAAACGUUAAUUUAAAAAUUAAUUUUUAAAUUGACAAAUAUAGCAUUUGUGUAGAUAUAUAGCCUUUAUACAAAAGAAGAAAAAAAAAGAACCCGAAAUUUUUAAACGAGGUCGGCACGAUUUCGAAACGCAAUUCUUAUGGAGGGCAGCACCCAUCUUCAUACUCUCUAUCCCAUGUGUGACACGUGUCAAAAUCGGGACCCUUAAAAUGUGUCUCCGAUUUUCUACCCCUCUCUCUAGCGCACGCUUGCUCUCUUCAAAAACUAUGAAUUUACAUACCGGCGAUAUUCGUUCAUCAGUUAUUAUUAACACAACCAUGGCUGAGCCCUCAAAGCAUCACUGAAACAGAACAAGUAUUUUUUCUUCAAAAAUACACAGGUAAGGAUACAGCUAUAAGUAUAGAUACAGGGAAAAGCAAGGAUGUGGAGAUCGUCAUUUUUGCUGUUGAAAGAGGGCUUGUCGUCGGGGAUUGUUAGGACUAAACCGGUUACGUAUGGAUUGAGAAGAGGUGUUUCCGUUGAAUCUACUAACCGAUUCUGUGGUUGUUUAUUUUCGAGCUCGGCCGGCGGAGACGGCAGAGCAGGCGUAGGCGUAGGCGUAGGCGUAGGGAGAGGGGUUGAUGAUGGUGAUAGUAUAUCGUUUGCGGAGGCGAAGAAGCUGAUGAGAUUGGUGAAUGUGGAGGCAAUGAAGAUGAAGUUUUCUACGGAAGGGAAAGAGAUGAUUUCUUAUUCAGAGCUUUUACAGGCUUGUGAGAAUAUAGGCGUUGCGAAAUCCGUUGAUGAAGCUAAGGCGUUUGCUAAGGUUCUGGAUGAGGCUGGUGUUGUUCUUAUCUUUAGGGAUAAAGUUUACCUUCAACCUGAAAAGGUCGUGGACCUUGUGAGAAGGGCGGUGCCGCUAGCCCUAACAGCCGAUGACGAUCCGAGGAGGGAGGAGCUAAAGCAGUUACAAGCAAAGCAAGAAGAAAUCGAUCGGCUAGCCCACCGGCAGGUCCGCCGGAUUCUGUGGACCGGGCUAGGGUUUGCACUAGCUCAAGUCGGGAUCUUUUUCCGGCUAACUUUUUGGGAAUUAUCAUGGGAUGUUAUGGAGCCGGUUGCAUUUUUUGGUACAACAGCGGGACUAAUCGUGGGUUAUGCUUAUUUUCUAAUCACAUCAAGAGACCCCACGUAUCAAGAUCUGAUGAAGAGGCUGUUUUUGUCUCGUAGAAGAAAGCUGAUGAAGAAGCAUAAUUUUGAUUUUGAAAGAUUUAUGGAGUUACAGAAGAAAUGCAGGAUCUGCACAAGCAAUAACAUAACUGGUGAAUGAAUUGAUUCAUCGCAACAAUCGUUAUUUCUGAAGUUCCGUUGCAAGAUCGUUGGUGAAUUCCUCAUCUGCUUACGGUUUUAGCUUGGGUGGAGCCUCUUUUAGGUGUUUAUAUAAGCUCUUCAAUGAUGAUUUAUACUGUGACUAAUAUUUUUGUCAUCUACUAAUUUAAUUAGUCGUUUUUAAACACUUUAUAUUUUAAUAUGGAGUAUAUUAAAUACUAGUAAAAUGUUGUGAUUGGUAGCCAAAUAUUUUGAUUUUCUUUUUGUAACAGGGAAAUUGACAUGCCUGAUAUACUCGGUGUAAAUUAGGAGUGACAAUUUAUGACAGAACACGACAAAAAUACACGAAACGAAAUGAAAUUGGGAUGAAACUGAAAUUUGAAUUUGUGUUGGUGUUAACAGUAAAAACCACUAUGUUGUGUUGUGUUCAUGUUUAAAAUUCGAUACGAAAUUGAUACGGUUUAGUAGUUAUUUAUCGUGUUUUUCGUGUUUGUCAUGUUUUUCGUGUUAUGUUUGAUAAAGG